CCCGGUUUUAAUUUUUACAAUGCAUCGUGGGCACACCCGCGUCUCAAGCAGGCUCCAUGAAGGCCCACUAGAGGAGGUCUUGGAGCACCUGUUCCGCCCCUGAGAACCAGACGGUUCUAGGGCGCCAGACGAUUAACCUCCAUGACUUAAGUUGCAGAUCCCCACCGGUCUUCGAACAUUCUUCUGCACUUCGUACCCACGUGCAAAACCGACAUAAACCCAAAACGGACUCGGAAUUUAUUCGACCACCACGAUGCCUGCCUCGCUAUCACCAACCACGCGCGGCGUUGUCUUUGCCCUACUGCUGGCAGGCGCCGCCCACGCUGGGGAUGCACUCGUCGCCCGGGACGUGGAUGUCGAGGCAUACACCGAGCCCAGCACAGAGUGCCAUGAUGUUCAUGUCAUCAUGGCCAGGGGAAACAACGAAGUCGCUGGGGCCGCGACACGGCAGACUUCUGUCGUCAAGGCAAUUUGCGAAGGGCGGAAGAGUUGUGGGUGGGAAGAUAUUGAAUAUGACAACCCGGUGGACAACAAGUACGCUGAGGCAUGCCACGAGGGUGCUGUCAAUGGUUUGAAACAAAUCAGAUCGUACGGCAAGGACUGUCCGGACUCCAAGCUGGUUCUGACCGGUUAUUCACAAGGCGCCCACGUCAUCGGGGACAUGCUUGGAGGAGGUGGAGGCACAUUCGAGACUAUGGGAGGUGGUGAACACAUGGGUGAGGACAGUACCGAGGAUUACGUCGAAGGACUGGACCAAGACAGUAGUCCUGGCAAUCAAAUCGUUGCGGCCUUCCUCUGGGGUGACACACGUCACGUUGCGGGCCAAGCAUACGAGGCACUGGACGGUGGCGACUUCAAGGGCUGGUAUCCACGCAACGAGACGGAACUCAAGAGCCUGAACAAGUGGUCAGACAUUCUGAGGUCUUGGUGUGACGCGCGCGACGGAGUCUGCGCCUAUGACACGACGGCGACUGUCAACUACACCUACCACUGGAACUAUCUUGAACUUUACUCGCAGGAUGCCGCGGACUGGCUGAGCAUCAAGCUCGGAGAGAAGGAGAACACGACAGCUACGGCUACGCCGAGCUCGAGCUCGAGCUCCAGUAGCGCUACUGCAACCUCGAGUUCUUCAUCAACAAGUGGUGCAGCCGAAUCGACCUCGACCUCGACCGCGGACUCUGACUCUAACUCUGAGUCAGGCGCCUGGAGAGCUGAGAGCGCACCGAUCGCAUCACUCGUGGCUGUCGUGGGAUUGAUGGCUGCUUUCUUCAUGUAGUGGGCUAGAACAAUGGCAUCGGAGAACACAAGGUUUCUAAUGAAUAAUAUAUAAUAACGAUACAUUAUAUUUUCC